UCCAUCCCUGAGAGCACGGAUCCCUCCGCCUCACCGUCACACGCACGCACACACACGCUCGCAAACUUUUACACAUGCAGGCAGGAGGAGCGGAGCCGCCGGAGGAAUCCUGCAGCUGAUGGACAGCGUUGAUGCGUGAAGGAUGUAGAGCCAGAGGGGGGCGCAGGAUGGAGUGUUCCUGGAAGACGGUGCUGCUGCUGGUGUGCGCCUCUCUGGGCGUCCAGUACACGGCCAUCCGCACGCUGAGGGACUCGCUGUCUGGACCCUGCCAGGGAGCUUACCGCUGUCAGACCAGACAUCUGAGAGACUCCAGAUGGAGAGCGCUGUGUGACGACAGUUGGAUUCCCGUGGCAUUGCCUCGGAAACACAUCCUUCUGUUUGCCACCACGCGCAGCGGCUCGUCCUUCACCGGCCAGCUCCUCAACCAGCACCCGGGGGUUUUCUACGUGUUCGAGCCUCUCUACCACGUCCAGCAGGCCUUCACUAAUUCCAGCAGCAGGCUGCGUCGCACCCUGGACCGCCGGGCCCUGCUGGGAGCGUACAGGGACCUCCUCCUCAAUCUCUACACCUGCGACCUUCACUUCAUGGAGAAUUACAUCCGCCCCGAGCCCCAGGACCACGUCACGAACCUCUUCUUCCGCCGAAGCUCCAGCCACGCCCUGUGUUCCCCUCCCGUGUGCCUGGAAACAGGAGAUGGGGGGGCCCCGGAUCCGCCUGAUGAAACCUGGUGUCCCAAGAAGUGUGGGGCCUUAAACCUCACUUUAGCUUCAAUGUCGUGUCUGUCAAGAGGACACGUAGCCAUAAAGACUGUGCGGGUCCCCGAGGUGGGGGAUCUGCGGACCCUGACUGAAGAUCCGCGCCUGGACCUGAAGAUAAUCCACCUGGUGCGGGACCCAAGAGCCAUCCUCGCCUCCCGCAUGAUAGCGUUUUCAGAUCAGUUCCGCGCUUGGAAAAUAUGGAACGCGACCGGACGGCAACCUCGAUACGUGGACCUGUCGCAGAUCACCAGCACCUGCAAGGACAUGGUUGCCUCUGCAGAAACCGGCCUGCAGAGACCGGCCUGGCUGCGCGGACGCUACUUACUGGUGCGGUACGAGGACUUGGCCUUCAGACCAAAGGACAAGGCCACAGAGAUCUACAGGUUUGCAGGGCUGGAGAUGGAGGACAGGGUGAACCAGUGGAUUUUAAGGAACACCAACAGCAACGUGUCCUCCCCGUCCGACUGGAGCUACAGGUACUCCACCGCCAGAGACUCCAGAGCCACGGCAGAGAGCUGGAGGCUGCGGCUCGGCUUCGACAUUGUGAGGACGGUGCAGAAUCUGUGCAACGACACCUUGGCCCUGCUGGGAUACAGGCGGGUUCACUCCUUAGCAGAACUCAGAAACUUGUCCCACAGUUUAGUGGAGCACAGGACUUUUCCCCCAGUCACAUGAUGGAUGUGGUUAAAGGUUUACAAAAAUGUUAUACACCGCUUUUAUUUAUUUAUCAUUCUGUUUAUGUAUUUACUCCUUUGUUCUAUUUAUUUAAUAAUGUAUUAUUUUGAUUUCAUUCACUGGACUUAUUUAUACAUUCUGCACUUUUCCGAUAGAAUGAAAAUUUUGCUUAUUAUGGUUUUGCUGAAGAUAUUAAAAGUGCCAAAUUUCAAUUGUGUGUGUGGUGCUGAUUCAGAACAAAGUCAACAGUAUACUGAUGUAUGUUUUGAUUGAAAACAUUAUUAGGAUAUAGUUUAUAGAGUGCGGCUUUUCACACACACACACACAAACACACACAAGAAUCUCUGUACUAUUUCAGGGCAAAUCUGACCUUUAGCCAGACAAAGCGUAAUAUUCCUGAAGGUGAGACACACAGGAAGCAAAGGGGGGAUUUAUUUGUUAAUAAAAGAAGAAUGAAGUAUAGGGCUCGGCUUCCGAGUGUCUCUAAUGCAUUUUGGUGGAGGAUUAAAAUGUCACAUGUCGUCGGUAGAAUAUGUUUCCUGGUGCAAUCUCCCUCAGAGCAGCUGUGUUUUCUACGUGAGGAUGUUGGAAAUAUGAGAAAAUAUCUGUAUGAGUUUUGUUGUUUUUCUUUAUUGUAAAUAUUUAAAUACUGUAAAUACUGUGUAAGUGUCAGAAUGCAAAUGUGCACAUGUCAGGUGCUGGAUAUGUUUGGCCAUUUUUUGUCAGUGUACGGUUCAAA